GUUCUGUUUCCAGAGCAUCAACCUCACCGCCGAAAAAAAGACAAAACAGUCAAAAAUUAACAGAUGAUAAUGAUUUAAGCAGACAAAGCUUAGUGAAUGAUAAUGAUCAAAGAACUGAACAGGUUGAGGAAAUUAUUAGUGAUGGGGAGGAUAAUUUAGAAGAUAUUAGUCAUGAAGAGACGUCAGUUAAUGAUUCUGAUUUUCUUAAUGAGUUGACAACCGAGGAGAUUUCACAUAUUGCGACAUCUUCAAAGUCUAUAACUGAGACUACUGCAACAGUGCUACCUUCAUCUUCAAGAUCCAUAGAUGAGAUUCCAACAGGAAAUCAAUUAUAUACAGAAGCUUCAAAUUUAAGUGCAAAAGUGGCAACUUCAACAGCAACAUCUCUAAAUAAAGAUAGGGAAAAUAAUUUUGAAUAUAAUGUAUUACAAAAAGCUUUUAUGAAACUUCGUAAUGCUUCCAACGAAUUUGAAGUUGCUGUUUGGGUAGCCUAUCAUCCUAAAAUCCUGGAUUUAGCUAACAUGAUUUUUAGUGCACAGAAAGCAAAAAUAACAGAAAGUGAUGAAACGUCCUCAAACACUACCAAUUUAUCUAAUUUUAUGUUGAGCUCUUCAGAAAUAACUAAGCAUACCAAAUAUCGAUUGCAAGAAGAGUGCAAAGCACUCUUCUUGCGAACCAGAAAUAAUACCACACAAUUGUAUGAAGAGUUAAUCACCAAAGUGUGUAACAUUCAAAAAAGUGACUAUCGCAUGGGGACACUAUUGAAAGACAUGGGUAAUUGGUUCGAUAUUUACCGCUACAGACUUAACCAAGCAGUUUCAAAUCUUGCAGAUGAAUUUUCUGCUUCGCAUAAUUGGAGUGGUGAACCGUCAAUGAGUGCAAUAUCUGACUUUAUAAGCGACGAUGUAUGGAAACAAGUACUUAAACUGCAUUUAAAAUCUACAGACCUUCCAGUACUACAGAAUGAUCAUGAAAUGUUUAUGAAGCUUGGCGACUUUGUGUGUCAAGCAGUUAGAAAAGUUCUUAUUGCACAGACAAACGGACUAGAUCCUAAAAGUGCGAUUAGGAGAUGUGAUAAAAUCACUUUAGAUUUAAAAAUUCCAACCAAGCUUGGAAUAAUAAAAACUUUAUCAGUUAGAGAGCUCUUAAGUUU